AUGGAUUCCUACGAUGGUUAUGGGUCCCCCGGAAGGAACCGCGAGUCAGAUUCUUUUAUGGGACGAGCUAUGGGGGAAUCAUACAGACGUCGGUCACCCGCCUCCCAAGAUCGACGACGUGCACGCCCACGGUCCCGUUCGCCUGUGAUUGACCGUUACGAGCCUUCGGAGCGUCGUUCUCACCGCGAGGACUUUUACAACAAUUCUCGGGAGCAUGCUGCCCGAGAGCGCGAGGACCGCCGACGCGCCCCGUCGCCAACAGUGGCAAACAUCGACCGAUAUGUACCUGGGCAAGACGGCAGUGGUGGUGGCAAGCGCCCCAUUCCGACCAACCCUAUGCCCAACCCUCUUACCCUCGAUUUCCAAGUCGGCUUCAAUUGGUUCGCCGAGUGGUGGAGAUUGGAGGAAUCCAUAAACGAGGAGAAAGAGCGCGCGAGGAACGGCGGUCGUCGUGUCAAGGGCGAACGCGAGGCGCGCGAAGAUCGUGAAAAGGAACGCGCACAGAUCCAGGCAGCUUAUGAUACGUACAAGGUUGAUCUGCAAAUUCGCCUGGCUAGGCUGUUCGUCCAGCAGCACCGGAACGAGGAAUGGUUCAAAGAACGCUAUGUUCCUGAAGUCAGAGAUCCUCUUCGCACCCGUCUCAUGGCGGUUCGACAAGGUGCAUACGAACAGUGGGAGCGUGAUAUUGAAAACAACCUUUUCAAGGAUUUUACACUUGAAGGCAUUUACAAGAGCGAUAGCGACGGUGCCGGUGGCAUGGUUGAAAAGGAGGAAGGCGAGACUACCGCUACAACCGAGACCAUGGGAGUGCUUGACCUUCUUCCAGUCCGUGGUGGAGACCUUCGUGACGAAGCUCUUACACAGCCUGCACUCCUUAUAAAAACCCUUGCACCAAACGUCAGUCGCAGCAAGAUCGAGGAGUUCUGCAAGGAGCAUCUUGGCGAGGAAGAUGGAGGUUUCAAGGGGCUUAGCCUUAGUGACCCGAACCCUUCUAAGAAGUUCCAUCGCAUGGGAUGGAUCAUGUUGCAUCCUUCCACCAACACCAGUACAGUGGAGCGGGGGGAUGGUCGCGAUGAAGAAUUCGAAAAUUUGGACCAAGAUGGAAGUGCCAACGGUGCUGUCACAACUAACCCGGCCGAGAAAGCUCUCGAGGCUGUUAAUGACAAGACCAUCCAUGAUUCCGUUCACGGCGACUUUGUUUGCCACGUGGGAGUCCAUGUACCCCCUGCUCAGCCGCGCAAGAAGGCUCUCUGGGAUCUCUUCUCCGCACCUGAGCGAAUUGAUCGUGAUCUCGAGCUGGCCAAACGUUUGACUUCCAAGUUGGACUCCGAGAUGCACAUCAUCGUGGAUGGUUUUACCAAGAUCGAAGAGUAUGUUGACGACCUGCGCGGUAAAGGAGAGCUCCAAUCUCCUGCUAUGGGACCAGUCAGUGCGAAGAAGCAAAGAAACGGAUAUAGCGACGAAGGGGACGAAGGGGAGAUUGAGGAAGGCGAGGAGAAGGAAACUCCAGAAGAGGAAGAUGUGGAUGAUGAGGAACUUGCAGUUAAGAAGAAGAAGUUGGACCUGGUUGUUGAAUACCUGCGCCGGGUCUACAACUUCUGCUUCUUCUGUGUGUUCGAAAGUGACUCGGUCCAUGAGCUUGGCCGCAAGUGCCCUGGCGGACACCUUCGCCGUCCACGUAGCGGACUUUCCAGCCAGGCCAAGGAAGUGGCCCGAGCCAGCGCUCUUGGCCAGCCGUUCCCGGCCAAGAAGAAGGAACCUAGUGAGGAAGGGGAGGAUCUUUCCUCGCCUGUCCAGGAAAAGCGCGGACAGCGCCAUGGUUCCAAGUCUGAGCAGCAACUGCAGCGUGCCUUUAACUGGGUGAAGACCUUUGAAGACAAGUUGCUGCAGAUCCUGGAGCCAGAGAACGUCGAUCUCAGCAAGCUCGGCGGCAAGCCCGUUGACCAGGCGGUUGAAGAUGAACUUCUGAAGUACAUGAAGCAGGAGGACGACUCCAAGUACCGAUGCAAAGCGCCUGAAUGUACCAAGCUUUUCAAAGCCGAAUCCUUCUGGCGUAAGCACGUCGAAAAGCGCCAUGGAGAAUGGUUUGAGGGAAUCAAGAACGAUCUCGCAUUAGUGAAUGCAUAUGUCUUGGACCCAGCACGCAUUGCCCCAUCCCGCUCCGAUGCCAACAGCAACGGUCACUUCCCCCUGGGCUCUGGACAAGGCCACACCGGCACUCCUCGUGGAUUCAGCCUUGCCGGCCUACCCUACGCCCACAAUGGAAGCAUGCCUUCCUUCCCCCUAAAUGGAAUUCCCGGCAUGAUGGGUGCACACGCAGGCGGCUGGAAUGGAAACACGAUGGGACACGAUGGCGGUCUGCACCAGCCCGGACCCAUGCGCCGCGGCCAGAACCGCAACAACCGACCCAGUCCAUACGAUCGUCGCCGAUUCAACGGCAACGGCCGACUGAGCCCUCCCCGCGGCAUGCCUGGCAUGUAUGGUGGCCGUCUCCCGCCUUCUGGUGUCAGCAUUCCAGCUGGUCACCCCGCAGCCGGCAUGGCCGCCACUAACCCCUUCCCAGAUUCUUCCAGCGGAGGUCCCAUGGCGCCGCGCGAAGCCGUCCAGGGUCGCAGUCUGAAGAGCUACGAGGAUCUGGAUGCAGUCGACGCAUCUGGCAGUGGCGAACUGCAGUACUAG